GAUAUGUUAGCUGACAAUAAUGCGUAUGGUAGUUCUAGGUGACCAUGAACAGUUGGACUUUUUGUUAUCUCAAACUUUCCGCAUGCAUAGUGAUCGGAGCUCCAAAUCUAAUAAACGGAAGAUCUCAAUUGCCCCACCAAGGACAUCACGCUUUUCUCACCACCCGCACACCCACACACUCACACAAUCACCACACCAUACCGUUUGAACAGCGAACUGAUAAAACCAUUGAUACAUGAAAAUAGAGAAUGGCACCCAGAACGAUUCUUGUCACAGGCGCAAGUCGCGGAAUUGGUCUUGCCAUUGCCCAAAAACUUCUGAGAGAAAAACACAAUGUGGUACUUGUAGCUAGGACUGCAGGACCCAUGGAGGAAUUGAAGAAGCAGUAUCCGGAACAGGUGGAAGUUGUUGUGGGGGAUCUGAGCGAUUUCAAGGUAGGACCACAAGCCGUCGAAACCACCAUCAAACGCUUCUCCAAACUCGACAGUCUGAUCGUCAACCACGGAACCUUGUCCCCAGUAAAACGUAUAGCCGACAGCACCCCCGAAGAAUGGCGCGGUCUAUUUGACGUCAAUUUCUUCAGUGCCCUAGCAUUCAUAACCCCUUCAAUUCCUCAUCUCCGCACCACCCAGGGCACUAUUCUGCUCACCUCUUCCGGCGCAGCUACUUCAUCCUAUAGUACCUGGGGCCCCUACGGUUCCUCCAAAGCAGCCUUGAAUCAUCUUGCCCAAACCCUUUCAGUUGAAGAACCUUUGAUCACCAGUCUCGCCAUCAGACCUGGAGUUGUGGAUACAGAGAUGCAAAAGGAGAUACGGGGUCAUAGUACUAACGGAGUAAUGGAUAAGAAGGAUGCCGAGAAAUUCCUUGGCUUACAUGAAGGGGGAAAAUUGUUAAAAGCAGAGCAGCCAGGUGGUGUUAUGGCUGGGUUGGCUAGCGAUGAAAAACUGAGGGAUGAGGGGCUAAAUGGGAGGUUUUUAAGUUGGGAUGAUCAAUUGUUGCAGAGAUAUCGGGAGUAGGUUCCAAGCCAUGUGUGAUAGAAGGCGUAGAUGGAAAAGGACAGGACGAAGCAUAAAUAUAGAAUAGCGUUUCUCUUUUCACGAAAGACUAGAGAAGAAUACAUGAACACAGACCAAUCAUGGUUCACCAGCAAACACGAUCUUCACUUUUGGUGAAAGGAACCAGCCAAUAAUAUGUUUGUCCUUUCA